AGCUGCGACGCCGAGUUUCACUCUGGCUGCCGCUGUCUCCUCAGAGUGCGAGCCCGAGCCGGAGCCGUGCGCAGGCCGAGCUUGGCUGUACCUUCGUCGGCGCCCUCUUCCUCCGCCGCCUCGAGGUGCUGUGGAAUUUGUCGCCGAGUCAGUAAGCCUUUGCGAUUAGCCCAGCUCGGGGUGUUUGUGUGCCUUAUCAAGAUGGGAACCCGAGGCGGGCUGUCCCCCUGAAGAGCUGCGGCCCCAGCUCCCCCAGCCCACAGGUGUGCAGGAAGCACCGGGUCAUGCACCCAAGACUCCAACCCAGCGUGGUCUGAGCACUGGGGAGAGCAGAGGCAUCCUAAGGAAGAUGGCCAUGGCCCCAGGCCCUUCCCUGACUCAGAUGCACACCGGCCCCAUGGCUGUGGCUGUGUGGGAAUGGCAAGAUGGACUGGGAAUCUGGCACCCCUACAGUGCUACCGUCUGCAGCUACAUCGAACAGCAGUUUGUCCAACAGAAGGGCCUGCACUUUGGGAUGGGCAGCCUGGCCCAGAGCAUCCCCUUGGGCCAGGCAGACCCCUCGCUUGCCCCAUACAUCAUUGACCUCCCCAGCUGGACCCAGUUCCGCCAAGACACUGGCACCAUGCGGCCUGUGCGGAGACACCUGUUCCCCCAGUGCUCAGCUCCAGGCCGAGGCAUCAUCUGGGAGUGGCUGAGUGAUGACAACUCCUGGAUACCCUACGAGGCCAGCGUCUGCGACUACCUGGAGCAGCAGAUUGUCCAGGGCAACCAGCUUGUGGACUUGGCACCCCUGGGAUACAACUACACGGUGAACUCCUCAAUCUGCAUCCAGACCAACAAGACAUCCAGCUACUGCCGCAGUGUGCGGCGCCACACCGGCCCCCCCUACCCCUUGACGACUGUCAUUGCCCCGCCGGGCCACACAGGCAUCGCCUGCUCUUGCCACCAGUGCCUCGGUGGCAGCGGAACUGGCCCCGUGUCAGGCCGCUACCGCCACUCCAUGACCAACCUCCCCGCCUACCCUGUCCCUCAGCACUCCAACAGGACUGCUACGGUCUUUGGGACUCACCAGGCCUUUGCUCCAUACAACAAACCCUCCCUCUCGGGGGCGAGGUCUGCCCCCAGGCUGAACACCACCAACCCCUGGGCUGGGGCACUGCCCUCCGUGGGGGCCCAGCCCCUCUACCGCUCCAGCCUCUACCACCUGGCAUCUCAGCACCUGCCCCCAGGACCAUCCAUGGCCAGUACAACCAGCAGCCCCCGGAGUGCCCCUGCUGUCGUGCCCGCCAUGCCCACCGUGCCUGCCAUGCCUACCAUGCCGGUGCAGGUUUCGAAGCUCAGCAGAGUGCAGCAGGCCCUGGCAGGCGUGACGAGCACUCUGAUGUCAGCCAUCGGAUUCCCCGUGUGUCUUAGCCGCGCACCCCAGCCCGCCAACCCGCCUGCCUCCCGGCCGGCCUCUAAAAGCCACAGCUCAGUUAAGAGAUUGAGGAAAGUGUCCGUGAAAGGAGGAACUGCAAAGCCAGAACCAGAGCAGGUGGUCAGAAACUACACUGAAGAGCUGAAAGCAGCCCCUGACGAGGACUGCAUCAUCUGCAUGGAGAAACUGUCCACAGUGUCCGGGUACGGUGAUGUGACGGACAGCAAGAGCAUUGGGCCACAAGCUGUGGGCCGCCUGGCCCGCUGCAGCCACACCUUCCACCUGCUCUGCCUGCUGGCCAUGUACAGCAACGGGAACAAGGACGGCAGCCUGCAGUGUCCUUCCUGCAAAACCAUCUACGGUGAGAAGACAGGGACCCAGCCUCGCGGCAAGAUGGAGGUGUUUCAGUUCCAGAUGCCCCUCCCAGGCCAUGAGGACUGCGGGACCAUCCUCAUCGUUUACAACAUCCCGCAUGGCAUCCAGGGCCCUGAACACCCCAAUCCCGGCAAGCCCUUCACCGCCAGAGGGUUCCCCCGCCAGUGCUACCUGCCCGACAAUGCCCAGGGCCGCAAGGUGCUGCAGCUGCUGAAGGUGGCCUGGAAGAGACGCCUCAUCUUCACGGUGGGCACGUCCAGCACCACGGGCGAGAGUGACACGGUGGUGUGGAACGAGAUCCACCACAAGACAGAGAUGGACCGCAACGUCACGGGCCACGGCUACCCCGACCCCAACUACCUGCAGAACGUGCUGGCUGAGCUGGCUGCGCAGGGCGUGACCGAGGACUGCCUGGAGCCGCAGUGACCCUUGCCUGCCCCCCUGCCAGCAGGGCGGCCCCAGGACGGUCUUUCCUGGGGCACUGCGAUGUGCGGGGGGCAGGGUAUCCACUCCUGGAAGUUGGGGCUUCUUCCCUCCAGGCCGGGUCUGCGGAGGAACGAGCAGCUUGGGGAGUUGUGCCGGGGGCUCGGGUGAUCUCAGUCACCUGCGGCCGCAGAGCAGGGGCCUGGCGCCAUGAGCCCUGUCUGUAGGCAGCACUGGGCCGCAGUGCUGGGGCCUGGCCUGGCCAGCAGAGAAAGGCGGUUUGGGUUCAUCUUGCCUCGGGAAAGUUCUGUUUGCAA